AUGCCAGAUAUCCAAAUUAUCCCAGAGCUCACCGAAGAAGGAGUCGAGGGAUUAUUCUGCUUUCCAAUGGUUUGGGAUCAGCAGACGUGGGCCACUAUGUCACUUUCACAGCAGGUUCGGGUGAAAUUUGAAUACAAUUACACUGCUCGAGAUGGCAGAGAGGUGUCCAUCAAACCCAACGAGCACUACACCCUGGUAGCCAAGACCAAUGAAACCUGGUGGCACGUUCGGAAGGCACGAGACGGACAAGCCUUUUUCAUUCCAGCUAUGUACGUGACCGAGCUCCCACCUGAAACAAACCAAACUCCACUGGACCCUCCAGAAGAGUUUAGUGGAUUGAAACCCCUCGAGCCCAGCUCCGAGACAGCUCCUGACAGUCUUCCCGCCAACAUUAAACCUGCUGAGGUCACGCUUCGAGUCCCUGACUCCAUAAAACGAGACUCCGAGAAAGACGGCCAUAGAAUAUCAACAUAUAUUAUUCCAAAGGAAUUCUUUGAACUGAAGGGUUUGGAUCCAGACCCCUUAAAGGUUAAAGCAGAGGCCGGUCCUGUGCCUGAACUCCAGUUUUAUGACAAUGUUUCUUUCAACCCUGGUUCUCCAUCUAAUGGGCAAACACCACCCUCUAUCUUAUUGACAUCUGCUUUUACAGAUACCACCUCAGUUGAGAUCAAAUCAAUUGAGAGUCCAAAAGAGUCAAUAGAGAGUCCUCGGGUGGACUCAAAGUCCCUGGACCAAGAUAUUCAAAUGCUCAUUAGAGCUGGCUGGAGUAAAGACAUUUGGAACCUCAUGGAUAAAGACAAGAAUGUGUAUGAGAGUAUAAAUAUGGUGAGAGAACCAGAAUCCUCCAAACCUGAUGAUAAUAUGACAGUAAAGACACAGAGUUCCCCGGUCCCAAGCCCUGUUACACCAGAUGAGCCUCUGGUAGAGGAUGACAACGCUCUCACAGCGGUGUAUGUAAACAUCCCACGUGCGCGUCGGAGAACCAUUGACACCUCCAGUCCCAUUACUCCUCCAUUACAGGACUUCCCGGACCCUCCCGAUACCCUCCUUUUGGACUCUGCGGGAUGGGAGGUCCAUACUGACGACCAGAGCGGGCAAGAGUACUACUUCCACCCCUCCACGGGCCGGAGCACCUGGGAGUUUCCCCUCAGCUACUCCAUGGAUUCGUCAGUGGCGACGGAAGAGGCCCGUUCUCCUCCCUCUUUCCCCCAGUCUCCCAUCUGCUCGCCCGCAGGCCCUUCUCCUCAGAGAUGGAGCUCGGACUGGGAGAAGGUGCUGGAUGACAAUACUGGCAGACAUUACUUCUUUAACUCUGUGUCGGGUCAGAGCUCAUGGGAUCCCCCGGAGGACAUCAGCUCACCAGGGAACAUAACAUUUCUGGAAGAUUUCCCGCUUCCGCUUCCUGAGGAAGACUACCCAGCAUCGCCAGAACUGGAGGAAUCGUCUCCUCUCUCUAUGCCAGCAGAAUAUUCUUUGAUUAAAAUGAAGAAGGUCUUUAUUCCCAGGGUAAGUCUGGAUCAAAGCACCCCACCAGGAUGGACCCUCGGCAUUGACCCUGAAGGAACUUGGGUCUUCACAAGCCACUUCACGCAGGAACAGUGGAUUAAGUCGCUAGAUGAUCGAGGGCGGACAUACUACUACCUAAGAGACGGCAGCAAGUCCCAGUGGAACUUACCUGAGUACUCUGGAAAUCCAGGGCAGUAUGGAGUGGGAAAUGGAGCCUCAGGAGAGCAGGACUCAAUGGGAUCGAUGCAAAGCUGGAGACACAGUACAGGAUACCAGGAAGAUAAGAGUCAUUCAUCAUACCCUCUGAAUAGAUCAGACAGUGACGCCUCCAACUCUCCUGAGAUGCCACAUAAUGUUUCAAACUUGGAAAAGGCUGGAAUCCUGAACAAAACAAAGGUGUCUGAAAACGGGAAGAAAAUUAGGAAGAACUGGGGUAAUUCCUGGACGGUUCUCCAUGGAGGAAGACUGACAUUCCAUAAGGACCCAAAGUCCACGGCAACCGGAGCAUCGAGCAAGACAAAUCAUAUAGUCCCAGAAUUCACAGUUGAUCUGAAAGGGGCUACAAUUGGCUGGGCAACCAAGGACAAGUCAAGCAAGAAAAAUGUUUUUGAGCUGAAGAGUCGGAAUGGCGCGGAGUACUUGAUCCAGUACGACACUGAAAGCAUCAUCACUGACUGGUAUAAAGUCAUCGUAGAUACCAUAAGCCAGCUGGAUUUGGAACAGCACCACUCUGAAGAUGAGGAGGAAAUCAGUGAGAAGUCCUCAAGCUUAGACAGAGAGGAAAAACCCUUUGACAAAAGAACUAUGAGCAAUGCAUCUCGACUGACUUCAUCCAGUUCGGCAUCUGAAGCAGAUCAGAAGAAGGUUCGCUCCAAACUGAAGAAGUUUCUCCUCAAGCGGCCCACCCUGCAGUCAGUCAAAGAGAAGGGAUAUAUCAGAGAAAAUGUAUUUGGAUGCCACUUGCACAAUCUCUGUAACCAAGAGAACACGACAGUGCCCAGCUUUGUGGAGAAAUCCAUCCGGGCGGUAGAGAAAAGAGGUCUGGGGAUCGAUGGACUCUACAGAGUUAGUGGGAAUUUGGCGGUCAUCCAGAAACUGCGUUUCAAAGCAGAUCAUGAGAAUCUGGACCUGGAGGAGAGUAACUGGGAUAUCCAUGUGAUCACAGGAGCACUGAAGCUCUUCUUCAGAGAACUGCAGGAGCCUCUGUUCCCUUACAAUCUCUUCAAUGAUUUCAUCUGUGGCAUCAAAAUCCCUGAUUAUUUAAAAAAAAUAUCACACAUGAAAAAUAUUGUGCGGUCUUUGCCAACACCCAACCGUGACACAAUGGAGGCCCUCUUCAGCCAUUUACGCAAGGUCGUUCAACAUGGUAAUGAGAACAGAAUGACUGUGCAGAAUGUGGCUAUCGUCUUCGGCCCAACGUUACUCAAACCAGAGGUGGAGACAGCGAACAUCGCCACAUACAUGGUCUUCCAGAACCAGAUUGUAGAAUUCUUACUCAAUGAAUUUGAGUCGAUCUUCCACAUGUGAUUGACAUGAACUUGCACUGAAUAAAAAAAACAA